UUGCUCAGCUCGCCUUGGCUUGGCUCUGUUCCUUUUCAAUGAGUUGAGUUGAGUGUUGAGUGCUAGAAAACGAAAUUCCGUGUGAUGGUUAACGAGAGAAAUAACAAACCGAGAUAUUUUAGCAUAUCUACUCUUUUUUCUAGGAAAUUUCUUUUCAAAAGUGCGGCUGCAGUUGCAGUCAUCGAGUUAGGAAGUCUUGCACUCAGUUACGCUGUUUGGAAACGACUCAACACCAAUCAAGAUUUCCGAUUGUAUAUGUAUAAAAACUACAACUGGGUUCUUGAAGGCUAUUACAAAACAGGGGAACUGAUAUCAGGAGACAACAGUAUCAGAGAGCUUGAUCAAACCACUUGGAGGAGCAGCGGAAGCAUUUAGCUUAAAUAUGGUAUAUGACUUAAGAAACACUGUACUCCGGGGUGGCUUAGCUAUUUUUGUAGGAUUUGUUCUCUUGUAUACUAUUACUCCAGAAACCCGAGGAAUUGACAAGAAAAAUCUGCCCCCUCCAGCACAAGACACCUUUAAAAAAACUGAACAGUUUUAUCAAGUUUUGCGAGGGGAAUCUUCAAAGAAAGAUUAAUCUUAAAUAACUGUACCAAGUUUGCAAAGAUUUUAAAAGACAGAUUCAAAAUGAUGGACAAAGUUGUACCGGAUGGAAAUGCUAAUAUGAAAGAAAUAUUGAUUCAAAGAGACCUAGAUAGAAAGGCUAAGAUCAAAAAUUUAAAAGAAGAAAAAGAAGCAGCUGCUCCAGACCACGCAAAGGUAUUUGAAGAAACGUUUGAGGAUCACACAAAACAAAUUUUAGAAAAUAUUAAGUUAUUGGAACUAGGAAAUGUUGAACAAAAGACGAUUCCAGAUUACCUUGAUAAAAUAAGUAAAAACAUUCAGAAUUUAAAUAGAUACUUGUCAGUCUCAUCAUCAUUUCUAACGAACUAUACAGUUGGAAAAAGUAUGAAAACUAUUGAAGACCUGGAUGGAAAAAUUAAGCAAUUGGAGACUGAUCUCUUGCCGAAGAAAAAGUUUGGUUUCAAAACAAGAAAGCCAAAGUUGAUUGAAAAAACUGAUAAAGAAUUAGAGACUAAAAAGAGUGAUGAAGUUGAUGCUAGUGUUGGUAAAAAAAUGUCUUAUGUAUCAAAGUCAUUAGGGUUUUCAGAUGUAAAAGACAAAAUUCUGAAAUUAGAUAGAGAAUCCAUCUCCAAGCAAGAUUUGGAAUUGAAAAAUUUAGAUAACUGCACAGUUCACUUACAUGGUAAUCCUAGUACAACUCACAUCAGUAAUGCCACUAGGUGCACAAUAUUGAGCGGCCCAGCAUCUACUUCUGUCUUUGUGGAAAACUGUCAAGAGUGUGUGUUUGUGAUCGCUUGUCAACAGUUGAGAAUUCACUCUACAACGAAAAGCAAGUUUUAUAUUCACGUCACAAGUAGAGCCAUAAUCGAAGAUUCGACCAAUGUUGAAUUUGCGCCAUAUAAUCUUACGUAUGAAGAGAUUACAAAGGACUUUGAAGUUUCUGGUUUGAAUGUUAGUCAAAAUAAUUGGAAUCUCAUCGAUGAUUUCAACUGGUUAGCCAGCGAUGCAGCUUCACCUAAUUGGAGAGUGAUAAAAGAAGAGGAAAGAAUUAAAAGUUGGCCACUGUAGACAUUUUAGUUGCUUUAGUAGAAACAACAAGGUUAUUUAUUUCAUGGAUCCAAAACAACUAAUCAGUAACUGAAGAAUUUACCACUAACUUUAUUUACUCAAAUUCCUAAUUAUUAUUAAUAAAGUAUUUAACAGUUGUUACA